CGCACGUCGGCCUUGGCCCAAUACAACUACCAGCCAAGGCUGUGUCCGAGCCUGAUGAGCCCGACUCGCUCAUCGCCGACCUCGAGUACCAACUAGGAGACAUGAGGACCAACUUCCUCGAGGUCAAGUUGUCAUACCGCCACUCGGGACUUCCUCAGACACGACUGGAGACGACGGCAGUUGGGUCCGUCAAGAGGCACAACCCGGCGUCGGUGUGGUCGCCAUCUCAACCGGUCGUUUCCAACGAUUUGCUUUCCGUCAUUGAGUCAUACUGGGGUGCGAGGAGAGCUUUCGAUGUUACACGGUACAUGGCAGAGGGUCGAGGGGCAUCAUCAGCAACUGGCAGGCAGUCGGCUGUGAGAAAGUGGAACAUUGGGAAUUGGUGGUGGUGAACAGUGGAUAUCGAUACAGACACUUAUGGUUUCUUAAACGGUAGGGAAUAGCCAGGAACGAUAUCAUGGCGAUUGUCAGCAAGAAAACGUGCUCACGGAACAAGUGUUAUAUAUUGAGUGAACUCGACCAACUUUCCUGAUUCCAGAGUCUUGUCUUCUAAGAUUCAACAUUGUCUACGA